GAAGCUAUACAGAACCCCUUUUUCACUCCCUAAGAUGAAUUCAACACAGUAUUCCCCUACUAUCCAUAUUUUCAGCCUGCCUACCUCCUCUAAGCCCUCCUCAAAGCCCUUGAAGCCCUCGAAGCCAUUAAAGCCAUCAAAGAUGCGUGGAUCUUAUCAUCUAGUUACCGUGCGCGUGCAGGCCCUGACUUUGGCCUACUGUGGUGUUGAUAUAAAGCAUAUUGAGGCUAUAACUGGCAUGCCUCGUCAGACAAUUCAAUACUAGGUUAAGAAAGCUAGGGAACGCGGCUAUAAUCCAGAGAUAGAUCCAUGCAUCUUACCAGAAUAUGUUAAAGAUGGCAAGCAUACAGGACGUCCAAAAGAGAUUAUAAAAGCAACUAAACAAGCUAU